CGGCCCCGCCGCUGCCCCGGGAGGGGUGUCCGAGCCCCCCCCUGUCCCGAGCGGCCUCACCUGCAGGCAUAGCUCUCCGCCGCGCCGCUCAGCGCCGCCGGCGUCCAUGCCGGGCCAUGCCGGGGGCGGCGGCAGCAAAGAGGCUUAGGCCGCGCCCUCGUUAAUCCGGGGGGCUGGGCCAAACUGGCCGCCAGGAGGGGCCCGGCGUGAGGGGCGGGACGAGCGGCGGGGGGCGGCCGAGCCCACGGCCUUGGGGCAGGCGGGGACGGCGGGAGAGGAUGAGGAGCGCCGGUCCUGUUCCGUGAGGGCCCUGCGGGCCGCCGUCCUGCCCGCACCCAACAUGGCGGCGGGGCGGCCUCAAGCGGCGCCGUGACGUUGUUCCGCGCCAUUCUGCCCCCGGCACCGCAUGUCCAGCUUCGCCGACCUCCCGGUACCGUCCCAGUCGGUGAUUAAGUGUAAGGAGGGGGAUGUGUGUCUGCUCUGGGAUGACGGCCCCAGCGUGGGUUACUACCCCCCGGAGAUUGAUGAUGAUGAUGAUGAUGACGAUGAGGAUGGCAAUUACGAUUACGAUGAGGACGAGUUCGCCGCGGGUUUGCAGUUCUUGGACAUUCCCGUGGCGGAGGGAGCCGUUCCUUACAGCUACUGCGGCUUCCGCAAGUCCUUCCUGUGCUCGGAGCCGCCCCCGCCGCUGCACCGGACCCCUCCCACCGCCCUGGACGCGCGGCUGGACCGGCUGCCCACGCCCUGCCGGACCUGGCUCACGGCAGAGGAAGCUGAGAAGAACGCUCAGGAGCUGGUGGCAGAGGAGGAGCGGGCCAAGAGGAAGGCAGAGAAGAAGAAGCUGAAGAAGAAGAAACAAAAAGACCGAAAGAAACGGGAGAAACUGGGCCAAGAGCAGAAGAACAAAGAGAACACUGACCCAAGCCCCCCAAGUGGCCCUGCAGGCACUGGGCCUCCCUCAGAUGGUCCUGAGGAGGAGGGGUGCAGCCCAGAGCCCUCCCCGUGCCCUGGGGACUCCACAGUGCCCUCAGAGGAGCCUGGGCCAGAGGACACAGCAGUGACAGAGGAGGAGCUGGACCUGAGCUGCACUUUUGUCUGCAAAGCCCGGGAGAAGGCAGGGGUCAGGCUGCCCCUCCCAGGCAGUGACCGGUCCCCUGGGCCACAGAACGUGGAACCAAGCAGGAAGGUGCCUGAGAAGGGAAGUGGGGACCCUGUGGGGACACCUGUGUCCCCCCAGCCCCUCCAGUCCAGGCCACCCAGCCCCAGCACACUGGCACAGAGCCUGGCACUUGCAGGCCACGGCAUCGAGGCAGCCCAGAUGGGCCAACACUCUGAGGCCGUUUGGGCCUUCACCGUGGCCCUGGAGCUGAACCCCCAAGAACACCGGCUCCUGGGGAACCGCUCCUACUGCCUGGAGAAGCUGGGGCGCUACGAGGAGGCGCUGGCGGACGCAGAGGCGGCGCUGGCGCUGCGGCCGGGCUGGCCCAAGGGCUCCUUCCGCAAGGGCAAGGCCCUCAGGGGGCUCCAGGGGUUGCAGGUGCCCCCUGGCCCCCAGCGCUAUGCCGAGGCCGCGCGCACCUUCGAGGAGCUGCUGCUGCAGGACGGGGCCUACGCUGAGGCAGCCACGCAGCUGGAGGCCUGCAGGGCCCUGCUGCAGCAGUGCAGCCGCCCCGGGGGUGUCCCCGUGUCCCCCUUCCUGCUCAAGGCUAAGGAGCCGCUGUUUCUCCCUGCAGGAUGGACAACCAAGAGCUGCCAGGGCACAGGUGACAAAACUGUGACAGGAAGCAGCGGCAAGACCCCAACAAAAGGCCCAGAACAGGCACCUGCUGUGGCCAGUGGCUGCCCAACACUGCCACCGAGCCACCCUGCCAGGGACUGCUUCCCACUCUGGGUGGGCAAUAUCACCUCCCACAUCACUGAGAAGGUGCUGCGUUGUGCCUUUGGCCGGUUUGGGGAGAUCCGCUCCGUGCGCCUGCUCCCGGGGCGCCACUGUGCCUUCAUCAACUUCCGUGGCAAAGCAGAGGCCGAGGAGGCCUUCAGGACCAUGCAGGGUGCCACCGUGGAGGGCAACAAGCUGUUGCUGCAGCUCAAGCACCCGGCCCACGCCACCCCGGCCCCCAUGCCCCGUGCCAAGGGCAAGGCCACGCCCAGGGGGCUGCUCAGCUGACCCUGCUCUCUUGGGGGGACCCUGGCAGCCCCCCCUCACCUGCCUGGACCUGCCUGUGCCUUGUCCCCCACUGCCAGGGGUGGGGGUGUCUCCCCGUCCUGCCUUGGGGGUGCUUGGGGGGUCAGGGCCCACCCUGCAGCCCCUUGUGCUGAGGGGCUGGGCCUGGGCUGUUCCCCAUGGCCCCUCAGGGAUUUGCAGCAAUUUGGGCUUUUUAAUAAAGCUGAGCUUUGUUUUUC